AUGGCUCGCUCGGCGCCGAAACGAAAAAAUCCAUCGGACAUUGACGUGUCUGAUGACGAAUUCAAAGGCCAUCUUGAGGGUAUUUUGUCACAGAGCGAAGACGAAGACGGCGACUUUGACGAAUCAGACGGUGAACCGGAACUCGACGCUGGAUCGAGCGACGAUCUGCCCGAAGACCCCGACGAGGAUGAGGAGCCCAGUGAAAAUGGCCAAGAUAACAAGGAGCGACCAUACAGAGUUGCGACGGACGCAAAUGGCGGAGUGCGCUACGAGUACGAAGAAAUUGACCCUGUCUACGAUAGCGACGACAGCGACGCCCAAGGCCCCGUCAACACGAUUGGGGACAUUCCGCUGUCCUUCUACGACUCAUACCCUCACAUCGGAUACGAUAUCAAUGGCAAGAAGAUCAUGCGCCCCGCCACUGGCGAGGCGCUGGAUGCUCUCCUCGAUAGUAUCGAGCUGCCCAAAGGCUGGACCGGCCUGACGGACCCGGAGACUGGUAAGCCACUGAACCUGAGCCAGGACGAGCUUGAGCUGCUCCGAAAGCUCCAGAUGAACGAGAUGCCAGAGGAAGGAUACGAUCCAUAUCCCGACAUGGUACCUUACUUUACCAGCAUUGAGGAGAAAAUGCCGCUGAGCGCAGCACCGGAACCAAAGAGACGAUUUAUCCCCUCCAAGCACGAGGCUAAGCGUGUCGCCCAGUUGGUGCGUGCGAUCAAAGCGGGCAGGAUCCUACCGUACAGGCCUCCGGAGGAGAGGGACAGCGCCGAGGAGGAGACCUACUACGACAUCUGGGCCAACGAGGAGUCCCGUGAUAGAGGUGUCAUGCACAUCCCGGCGCCCAAGCUGGCGCCCCCGGGAUACGAUCUCAGCUACAACCCGCCGCCCGAGUACCUGCCGACCAACGAGGAGAGGCAAGCCUGGGAGGACCAGGACCCUGAAGAGAGAGAGAAAGAAUACGUGCCCCAAAAGUACGACGCCCUUCGGAGGGUACCAGGAUAUGGCGAGUUUGUCAAGGAGCGGUUCGAGCGCUGCCUGGAUCUCUACCUGGCACCUCGCGUCCGUAAGAACAGGCUCAAUAUCGACCCCAACUCUCUUCUCCCCAAACUGCCGCGCCCUGAAGAGCUCAAGCCUUUCCCUUCGCUAUGCCAGACCAUAUUUCGAGGGCAUGACGACCGCGUGCGCACUGUGGCUUUCAGCCCCGACGGCGAAUGGAUUGCCUCCGGUGGUGACGACGGUACGGUUCGCGUCUGGGCCCUGAACGGCCAUCAGGAAUGGUCGGCCAAGCUCAGCUCCGAGGAACCUGUCCAGGUGGUCCGAUGGCGCCCGGUGAAGGAUACGUUUAUUCUCGCUGCGGCCGCGGGUGAGGAUAUCUUCUUUGCCUGCCCCCCGCUGGCCAGCGAUGCUGUCGAAAAGGCCAGUCGAGAUGUGCUAGACGCGGGAUUCGGCUACGCUGCCGGCGGCGCCCAGCAAAACGCAGCCUACGUCAAGAAAGAGGGACCGGCCAAGUGGGCGCGACCCGGAUCCAAGCUGGAGAAUCUUGGGGUCUUGCUCAAGACCACAGUCCGGUCCGUGAUCAAGACCAUCGACUGGCACCGACGAGGCGAUUUCUUGUGUACCGUCUCUCCGACGGGCCAGCGCAGUUCCGUCGCCAUUCACACCCUCUCGAAGCAUCUCAGCCAGAUUCCAUUCCGUCGACUGCCUGGUCUGGCGCAGACGGCCCAUUUCCACCCUUUGCGUCCUCUCUUCUUCGUCGCGACGCAACGUAUGAUUCGCUGCUACGACCUGCAGAGACAAGAGCUUGUCAAGGUCGUGCAACCGGGCGCCCGUUGGAUCUCGUCCUUUGAUAUUCACCCGGGUGGCGACAACCUGAUUGUUGGUUCUUACGAUCGACGUCUGCUGUGGCAUGACAUGGACCUCUCGAGCAGGCCGUACAAGACGAUGCGGUUCCACGCCGAAGCCAUUCGCGCUGUCAAGUACCACCGCUCGCUACCGCUCUUUGCGGAUGCCAGCGACGACGGCUCUCUGCAAAUCUUCCAUGGCAAGGUAGUAAGCGAUUUGAUGGAAAACGCGACCAUUGUUCCGGUCAAGAUGCUCAAAGGUCACCGCGUCGUCAGCAAACUUGGUGUCAUGGAUGUCGACUGGCACCCCAAGCAUCCCUGGUGCAUCAGCGCCGGCGCAGAUGGUACGUGUAGACUUUGGGCGUGA